UGGCGGUAGGUGCUCAAGUUCCCCCAGACGCAACCAGCAGGCCUUUGUGCGAUGCAUGCCGACGGUCACUGGGAGCGGCCAUUUCCGUUGCGGCCAUGACCGUGCAGGACGCCGUGGGGCUUCUCGCGGGAGAUGAGUUGGCCCUGGACCGCUUAGCGGGCGAGAUGAGGGCGAGGUCGCAGAAGUAAUGGAUCGCAGCUGCCGCUGGCGCGUGCACGCUCGUCGUCGUCGUCGCCUUUGUCAUCGUUGUGCACGCUUGCAGCACGACGGACGGCUGCAGAAGUCUUCGGGUGAUUUCGAUGGAGAGGAUGGGGGAGAUGUUCAGGAGCCUUCGAAGCUGAGCAUGCCAUAUUUGCGUGCGGAUCAGUACAAAGCGAUCAUGCUCACAGUUCCGGCACUGGGUAUGUCGACAUGCGACCUGGGCUCUAUACCACAAGUUUCAUCGAACGGGCAAUCGAAUCUUGCGCAGCUGGGAGACACGAGCCCAAUAUUACGUAUGCUUCGCCAGCAGGGGAUUGCCCCUUGCAGCUCAUGGUGAACUCAGCAGUAGAAAUAUUUUCCUGGAGUUUCCCUACUACGGGGUCGUGGACUGCGUGGGAGACUCUGGCACAAGACGUCAUACUAUUGGUAGGGUCAAGUACGAUCAGGAUCUCAGCAAUAUGUUCAAGUGGUGUGAUAAUCGAUCAUAUGAACAUCACGUAUAAACAAGCAGCGUUGUUCGAGAAUGUAGUUGGGCAUAUCGAUAACUUCACCUUGCCCCCCCGAGACGGUGUCCUCGCUGGAUUCCGUACUGUGGUUCGAACGAGGCAUUGGUUUCGGGCGCCUUAAUCUCAGCAGAUGCGCCUUGGUGGGCAGCUCGAGUCUCAUGGUGGGCCCUGGCGCUGGGGGGAAGAUGGACGCCUAAGACACGGUCAUCUGCAUCAACCGCAUGCCUCAGGUUCAGUGGCGAGCGACUUCGGCACCAAGACCGACGUGUUCUUCAUGAAUCACCCAGCCUUCAGAUUUGAAGACGUGGAGAUGCUUCAGAGAAAAGGCAUGACGCCCAGGAGGACCAGCUGCAGGGAAAUGGACAACUGCAAACGCGCGGCCAUCCUGCAGAGAGGCGACAACCACUGCAGCCCUCAGGAGAUGGCAAGUCAGUACUGGGGCUGGGACCACUCCAUGGUCGGCUGCGUCCACCCCAACGUCAGCCUGGUCGCCUAUGGCUUCAGGUAUCUCGAAGAUCUCGAAGGCGGCCAGCCGUCAACUGGCUUCCAGGCAUUCCUGGCCUUCUUGCCGCUCUGCCAGGAGUUGGACCUGUUCGGCUUCGGAGGCUCAGCCGCCGUCGACGGCCACUUCGAGUAGUCGGCCCGCAGGCUUCACGAGGAGCACCGCAUCCAGGAUGCGGUCGCGGCCAGGGAGUGGUCGAGACUCGAGUGGUCCGAGCACGCCGGCCGCCUGCGGGACGCGGUGGCGGCCAAGGAGUGGGGCGCCGCGACGACCCGUGGCCCUGGAUGCGGGCGCACGCGGCGAGGGUCCAGAAGUUCCGGUAGCGGGCGGUGUCCGUCGGCGGCGGGCGUGAGAGCCUGGACAAGGGGGGAGCCCUGGACCCCCGUCCGAGCUGGCCGUGCUUCCCUGGGCCGGAGUCGGAGUCGGAGGGCCUGGAGCGCGAGGCCCUGGGCCCUUGGAGUCGAAGGGCUCCAGAGUCCAGCACCCUGUAGUCUGGGGUCUGGGAGGCGAGGGCCCAGGAGUGGGGUCCCGAAUCUGGGCGAGCACGCGCGGUGUGCAGC